AUGUCCCACAACUGUCGGUUUGGCAGGGGAUUUGACUCAAUCAGCUGCCAUUUGAAUCCACUUCAAAUGCACCUCUCCAGUCCUGCUCCGACCUACUCCCCAGGCUGCAGGUGGGAGGGAGCAGAAAGAAAAAAAUCAAAAGUCACCCUUCUUUGGUCUCCGCUCGUGGCAGACGCGCAGCUGGUUGGGUUCAGAGCAGGAGGUGCAGGAGGAAAGCCGGAGCCCUUAGCUUCUCUGGCGGGGACAGGGGAGUCCCUCUCCGGUCCCCGUGCCCACUCGGCCGCGCUGCGGUGGGGAGGAGGCGAGGAGGGUGCGGGUGGGACUCGAGUGGCGCUCGGAGCGCGCGGUGGCGGCGCGGCUGUCUCUUUAAGCGCUCCAGAGGGGCCGAGGCCGGAGGGCGGCUCGCGCGUUUCCAUGGCACCGGGGCUGCGGGGGCCGCGGGCCGCGGCAGGGGCGGGCGCCGCUCCAGUCUCUCCCCGCGGAGCUGGGCCUCGCAGCUCGCCGGCCGCCGCGCCUCGGGGACUCGCUGCUGCUCCUGCGCGCCCCGCCUCCCAGGCGGCCUGGGUGGAGCUGCCCACGCGCCCUCCUCGCGGAGACGCACCUCGCGGGCCCCGGAGCGAGCCCCGCGCUCCAACUUCUGCCCGACGAGCCCAACUUCUGCGCCCGCGUCGGACUUGCGGGUUCCCAGCCGCGCGGUGCGCAGUGGGGCGGUGGCCGGCGCGACCGGCCUUGCGGAGACGACCUCGCGACCGCGGCGCUCGCGCUGCUGCGGCCGGGUGGCCGCCGGGAAGCGCCCUGCAGCUCCAGCCGGGCAUGCUAAAUGUUUCCAAAGAACAGCAGCUGAGUGUGGUGGGACCCACCCAGCCAUGUGUCCGGUAUUCACACACAUGGUCAAGUUUUGGAAAUGAGGCUGUACACACCGAGGCUGCUGUGCUGGUUAUGAAAGAAGGACUGGGUGCUGCGCCGUGUAUAGACAGACGCACAGCCCUGAGCGAGCGGCAGACAGUUCACAGAUGCUUCUCUGGAUGGAGCCAAUGGGAUGAUGAACCGGGAUGCCUACUCUCUAUCUUUUCUGUGGGGAGUCAUUCUGAUGGAAGGAAGUGCUCAGAUGGUGAAGUCCACCUGUGCCAAUAUGCACAGGGAUUCCAUGGAUCCUGCCGUCAGUAUGGGUCUUGCUGUGGAGCCCAAGCUGGCCUCGACCUUACUGUAAGCCUCCUGCCACAACUUCCCGAGUUCUGGGAUUACAGCAAAGCGUGAAUGACCAGGACACCUAGACCAGAGACCGCCCUGUGUUACCCAGCCAGAUGAAACCUUCUGAAAAUGUAUUUACUCACUGGGGCGGUGACAGCCUGUCCGGCAAAAAUAAUUGAUAUCCUUUCUGGUUAUUAGAAAAAGAGAACAAUGAAACAAGACCUUUCUCCUACCUUCAAAGAUGAAUACAGUGGGAAAAAAAGAAUUGGCAUUAAAUUAAGGUUUCCUUUUAGGCACAUCUAUCCAGUGACACAUUCUUGUAUAAUUAUAGGAAUUCUUUGCCUCAUUGGGGUCAAUAACCUAGUCUGGUGUAAUAUUUUCAAAUAUUUCUGCCAUGAAAGGUAUAUUCUUCUCUUGAGCUAAAGUAAAAUAUAUCUGAAAAUAAGCAAAUUCAUAUGAUAUUGUAUUUCCCUGAAAUGCUACGUAUAUCACAUAUAGUAGUGUGACUUUUAUAAUUCAGCUUAAUAUAAACAAAAAACCUUUUCUAAAUAAAUGUUCAUUUACUUCUGAAUGAAAUUUGAGUGGCUGGUGCAAGGAUAUAUAAGUUAAGUGAUUGUGAGAAAACCUGGACCUACUUUUGGAAGUUUUAUUUUUAACCUGCAUAAAAUAAGUAAAGGAAUAGUACUUACUUAAUAGAACUCUCUGUUCUGAGGCUUCUCUGCAGUGAUGUGUAAGGAAUUAUAUAAGUAAUUCUAAUUAUUGUGGAUUACCUUUAUAGAAUUGUGGCUUUGCUUCUUAUUUGUACAAAGCACAUGUAGGCAAAAAUUAGUCUAUUCUAAAAGAGGAUCUGUCAGUUAUGCUGUAAAAAAAUUAACACCUGGUUGUUAUUAUUAUAUUAAUUACUUAUUUUCAAAAGGUUGCAACCAAGGCUGAGAAAAGGUUCUUUUAAGCACCACUAGCCAUUCAUGGUGGAACACGCCUGUCAUCCCAGGAUUUGGGAGGCUGAGGCAGGAGGGUUACCGCGAGUUCAAGGCCAGUUUGAAUUAAAGACUGUCUCAAAAAAUUUUUUUAAAAAGAAUUUUAAAAGCAUCACUGUUUUCAUAAGAAUAUUUACAACAUUAAUUUCUUAAAUUUUUUCAUAAAUGCUUUUUCCUUCUUGUACUGUUAUACCAUCAAAAUCAAAUUAUUAUCUAUAAAUAUAUUAAUAUAUAUAUUUUCUUGGUUCCUGAAAUGUCAUCACAGGGCAAUGUUACUCGUUUUAAAACUCUGUAAAGUAAGGGUAUUCACUGUAGUAGAAAGGUGGAUUAAUCCACGGCAGUCCCAGGAACCAGAAACUGAGCCACUUUGCCAAAUUCCAUAUUACUCAGAAAUAUCCCUGUUUCUAAAGCAAAGCAUUCUGCUGUACAUAAAUCAAUCUGUGGCAGAUCCCAUCUGAUCACAGCGUUGUUGUGAGGCAUCUGUAAAAGUCAUGCUUUGCUGACCUAAUGGACUCUCUGUCUUCAGGGAAGAAGAAAAUCGGUUGUUUCUGUAGGUUAUAAAGUUCCAAGCCAUUGCUUCCCACCUGAGUGAAUUAAUUCCAUUAUAGUGAUUGUUUCCAUAGUUAACAAGUAACUUGUCAGAGGGCUAACUGUCCAUGUCUGUUCUCCAAGCCAUUAGGCAAUAAAUUGGAUAUAAUGUGUAAUUUUCGUUUUUGAAAUAAUGAAAUAUAUUAUGUUAAAUCCUCUACACUCAAAUCUUCUUCAGCAAACCCAUACAAUUUCAUGUUUCUGAUCGUUGAAAACUACAAAAACUCCCGCUUUUCAAGAGAAACUCCAUUUUCCAUCUAGGCUUAUUGCCCGGCUCCUUUAAGAAUGUUUGACCUUGGGGAAGGAGACAUGGAGAGCGUAUUUUUACUUGAUUUCCUGCACAUUUUCUCAAAUCUGCCCUUGAAUCUUUUAACUCUUCACUAAACGUGUGAUUCUUAAUGAAUCUAAAGAGAUUCAGAAUUUUGCUAAAUGUUAUAUAUUAUUGUAAUUAUUCCAUGGAUAGCGAUUCUAACCUUAAGGAUAAAUAUUAUAAAUCAUAAAUUAAUUAAAACAAUGAAUACUGAGAAACAGUGAUUUUAAAAAUAAAGUGUGUUAAAAUAUUACAUCAUUUUCUUUACAUUUUAACAUGUAAAAUAUAUUGCCAUAUUAUCUCACCAUUUUUCAUUUUUUUGCCUCGUUAUUGAAUUUAGCACUAAUUCUCUGAAUUGAAAAAAUUGAAGUAAAAAGGGUGACCAGCCCUGACUAGUUAAUGACAAAACAAAGGUAAGAGCACAGACGUACUUAAAACACCAUCUCCUCUGGUAUCUAGUGGCAGUAAUGCAUGGGUACUUUAUCAGAUUUUUUAUCUAAUAAAUCAAGCUCCUUCCUCAAUAAUUGUGACAUUUGUUGCUUUCAGAUAACAUGAACAAUUCAUGCCACCAAGCAAAUAAUAGCAGGCCUGUUUACUCCCUGCCAAACUGUCAGAUACGGAAUCUGCCCUGAUGUAGGUACAGGCACUGGUGCUACUACAUGAAAAAUGUGAAGGAAGGUGUUUUCUUUAACAAUAACCAGAGAUUUCAUUUGGCAUGUCAUUUACAUAUAAGACAGUACUAUCAAACUGUGAAGCAGCUACCAUAUUGCCAGUCAUAGUUCACUACAUUGUUGUUUUUCUUCUUUAAGAGAACGGUAUAACCUCUAUCAUUGCAAAUUCUCAAAAUGAAUUAUCACUGAAAAAGCUACAUUAUUUUCAAUCAACAUGUCACCAACCGUUUCCAUCUCUUGUUUUCAUGGAGAAAUUGUGUUUCCAGUACAAAAGCCACAAUGAAGACUUUACGUAGAAGCCAACAUUAAAAUGAUGCCAACAGGCAGAUGGAAACCAAGUUAGAACGAGAAAAUUGUGAGCCAGUUCCCUAGCUGUGGCUUUAACCUGGUUUUACCCUGAUUUCACUGUCCUUAUUGCUGGGAUUCCAGUUGUUUAUAAACUGAAUUCCCAUGUAGUUAUCUUGCUGACACUAUAAAAUGGCAUAUGAUGUUUUGUGUUAAGUCAAUCAAUGCCUUGUGCCACUCCUGUAUUUAUUUUGAGUUUUCAGUCCUCGUGCUUUCCUCCUUCUUCUGAUAUUUUCUUCUGCUGCUCUUCUGAAAAUCACCUGGCCAUGAAGCAGAGCUUCUUUUCAGCAGCUGACAGGUUGUCACUGAGGCCUACCAACCAAUUCACACCCCAGGGGACUCUGCCCUGGGAAGAGGUUUGCUAUCACUUCACUGACACCCUGGUUAGCUUAGAAGUUACUCCUCGUAUUUGGACUUCUUCAAGGUAAUCCUUAAAUAUGAAAAAUAACUGGUUGUUUUGAGCUUAUACUUGAAAAUGAAACAAGCAAUAAAACAAGUUCAUUUCAAUUGGAGAAAUAGUCUGUUUCAAAAGAUCAGUGGAUGAAUUUUCUGACUCCAUAACUUAAAAUCCUUUGAAUAAGGUCCCCAAUAAGAAACUAUUUACAGCAUGACUUUUUGUUCACUCUUUGAAAACAAGGUUAUCCCUAUUACAUAGAAUUAUCAAAGUAUGAUUUCUUCAAUUUCAAAAUAUGAUUAUCAUAUGUGAUGGUUUAUAUUUCAACUUUACUGGGUCAAUGAAUCCUGCCUAACUGGAAAAUAAUAUGUCUAUGUGUAUGUAAGAAUAUUUUUGAAAAAAGUAGCAUUUGAGUUAGCAGAAGAUUUCACGAGAUCUGUUGCCUGCAGUAUAGCAAUGUAGGUAGGCAUCAACCAUCCAAUCUUUCAUCUCCCUCCCUCCGCCCAUCUCCCUCCUUGAUGGUCUUCCUCCCCCUUCUAGAACUGGCACAUCCGUUUCCUCUUGUCUUUGUAUUUCAGAGCUACUGGUUUUCAGGCAUUCAGACUCAAGAGGCUUACACCAGCACCAACCAUCUCCUACUUUCCACUCCCCCCAGUUUCAGGUUGUGAAAUUGGUCUUCUUUAUACCACUGGCUGUCAUGAGUCUCCAGCCAAUUUAUAAAUGCCACGUCAUGGGCUGCUCAGGUCCCAUAAUACCCUGAACCCAUUAUCAUAAUAUAUCUACUUUUGUAUAUGCUUCUGUGUAUUCUAUUAGUCAUGCUUCUGUGGAAAACUCUAGAACAUCAUAUAAAAAUAAGAUGAACAUAUCAAAGAUUUCAUUCAACUUAUUAAUGAAGAAUCAGAUAGGGUUUUCAGUUUUUAUUUUUUAUUAGCAUGUUUGCAUUACAUAAUGAUUAAAUUCCUUGUGGGAAUUGGUAAUACAUCUCAAUUUUUUUUAUCUUCUUUCCCUCCCCUCCUUUUCCUCUCCCUCCAUCUCUUGAUCACCUUCUCAUUUGAAAAACAUUAUCUACUUACUUCCUAUUAUCUUUUAUUUUGAUCUAUUACUUAUUUGUAUUUUGAGUUUGUCUUAUAAGAGAAACCGUGCAAUGUAUAACUUGUAUGUCUGAUUUAUUUCAUUUACUGUUGUGAUCUCAAUGCAUCCAUUUCCUAUAAAUGACUCGUUUAUCCUUCUUUAUUACAGAGUACUACUUCAUUGUGUUUAAACACUGAGUUUGCUUUAUCCAUCUAUCUAUUGAUGGAAAUACAGACUGCUUUCAAGAUUUAGCUAUUGUGAUUUUUGUGCUGCUGUCUACAUGGGUGUACAUGUAUCACUAUAAUAUGAUGUCAUUAAGUCUUUUGGAGAGAUACCUAGAAAAGGAGUAGCUGGUCAAAUGGAAUUUGAAGUUUUAUUUUGCGGAUUAUCAAUACUGAUUUUUAUAGUGGUUCUAUGUUCCCACUGAACCUAAAAGUGUUUCCUUUUUCCCUCAGUCUUGCCAGCCUUUUGUUAGUGUUUGAUGUUUUGGUAGUAGCCAUUCUUUCUGGAGUAAGAUGGAAUUUCAGAUUGAAUCUAGACCCAAAUAUUUCCAACAGAAUUUUAAGAAGAGUUAAAUGAUUGGAGCAUUGAGUACUUAUAAGCAAUUUAAUAAAGAAAUAUGAAGUUACAUUCAAAUAUUUCAAGGAAAAAGACACUAUGGUAACUACUAUUAAGUCGGGUUAUUUGGUGGUGAAGCGCUAGGUUGCUGAAACUGUCAUGCUUUGACCUGUAUUGUUAUGUUGUUAUGUCCUCUUUUAUCUCAAUCUCUCCCUUAUUCAUUAAAAAAAUUAGUUAUUUUUUAUGAUUUUUUUCAUUAAGGGAAAAAAUCAAAAAAAUUUGCAGGAUAUAUAAUAGUAACUUUUUUUGAUUUCCCAUUAACUUGAUUUGAAGUCCUGUAAUACUCCCACUAUCUUGUUUUGACUGAUUAGACUCUGUUCCGUUCUGUAUCAUAGUAUCCAGUUUGAGGGUAUAGGCAACUACUUUGAAGGCAAUAAGAUUCACUAUGAUGCCCAUUCUGGUUUGACUAUUAUCUUCUUUGGAAGUCCUGUAAUGUUUACAAGGUUUAGGUUUUAUUGAUCUUGUUCUCUACUGUUUUGUUCAACUUUAAAAUACCUAAUGAGAUAGACAAUUCUUUUUAAGGAAGCAAGAGGCAUUAUGGUAACCAUUGUUGAUAACUUUGUACUCUGUUUUAACAUCAUGUGCUAUGUCUAUCCUUGGUUUUGACUGACAGCUGUGUUUUGCCAUAUUUGACUUUAUUCUCUUCCAAAAAAAGUAAUAAGAACCAAGGAAUAAUAAAACCCAAAAUGUGUAAAUUUUGUUGUAAAAUAGAGAAAAAAAAGUGCUCUAAAGGAUACAACUGCAAGUAUCUUUAGGGGUGUUAAAUAGAUGACCAUAUUAAUGUUUUUGGUUGAAUCAUUGAACACAACUGUUUGCAGUCUCAAUGUUUGAAUGUCCACUUUGUAUGCUUUGAUACUGUGACUUGAGCAACUAUCUCUAAGAUGAUAAUAUGUAAUCUAUUAACUGGUGAUUUCUUACUGUUUUUUUUUUUUUGUGUAGUUCUGUAUUACUUGUACCCUUACACCGCUUUGUUUUGUCUUGUUUUUUCUCUUUUUCCUUUUAAAUAAAAUUUUUUAAAAAAGAUAAGAUUGUUAAAAAAAGAAAAAAAUCCUGAAGAAUGUGCAAAAUGACAAUCAACUGUGACUUGUAUCUUUCCUUUUGGACAAAAAGAUUUGCAUUUCUACUAAACAGAAAUCUACAGUUUAGCAGGUAAUUUCACUGGAUUCAGUCUCUUCAUUAGUACUGAGUCACACUUUAUUCAUAUUCCUCAAUAAUUCUUGGUUAGGCCUACAAUGCCCACAUAAAAUACUGAAAGACUAUAUAUCUUCCAAACUUGGUUGACUUUUUCUUAGUAGAAUGAAUGCAAAUAUUUUCUAUGACAUUCUAUCAUUUAUUACACAGUUCACCAAAUUAUUUUUAUAUAACCACCAGAGAUUAUGAUACAUUUUAUAUAAUUCUGUAGAUUUCUUUCUUUCUCAUGAGUGAAAACCUAACAAGAAUAGGUGGAAAAGAAGGAGGAAGAGUAACUAAGGAGCUCUAAGGGAGGGAAGGAAACCUCUGCAAUUUGUUUUCAGGGAAAACCAGCGUUCUAUGAAAUGAGAAGACUUUUCUAAUGUAAAUCCUAAUGCUUUCCCUCACAAGACACAGAUUUGGUUUAAAGUGCAACUUCACUCCCCACUUUGUGGAAUUUAGACAAUUUUGUAUAGUUUAAGAUGAAUUACUUACCUAAUACUAUUGUCUAACUUUGCAUAUUAGGAAACUAAGACUCAAGACCAAAAUAAAGUUUUCCAUCAGCCAGAAGUUCCAUGGGACAGCCUUAGUGUGCAGCUGUGUGUGAGCACCGCCCCCGACCCGGGAGUUUUAAAGGAGAGUUACCAGUUAAGAAACAGCACACAAAGCUUUAUCUUCUUGCUCAGUCGUGUAGUCUCUAAAAUUGAGAGAGAGAUUUUGUAAGGAUUAAAAGAUGGACUAUACAUGAAUAUCUUUGUAAAAUUGAAAAGCACUUUGGAAAUCUAAUAGUUGAUCUAUUUUCACACAUUGAGAAGUAAUUGAGAUCAUGAGUCCAAUGUCUACGUAAGUCCAGUUGAUUCAGUAAGUGCCUUCUCUUUUUAUAUACAGUUCAUAUUAAAAUAUACAAAAAUAUGGUAGCUAUUAUUGUUAAUAGACCAUCCUUGUAAAAUGCUCUAAAAUUUCUAACUUAAAGAGCACCAUUCUGAUAAAAUGUGCCAUUAUUAUAUAAGGCGUUCCACCAGCAGAGGUUUCUAAUUAUUCUUUCCAUGCAUAAAAAAUGCAGCUAGAAAAGCUGAUAAAUGGCCAGCAGCUACUUCCCUGCUGAUUACACAAAAUUUCAUUAUAGUAGAACAUUUAACAAUUUAAUUCCGAGCUCCCAUAGGAAUAGUCUGUAAAAUGUUUUUGCUUAGGUCUCUCUUUAAACAGUGAAUUCUCAGUUUAAAUACAAUGUACAUCAAGCCUUUGCCAAAAGCAGAAUUAAAUAAUUUAGUUACCAGAGAUGAGCCUGAAGAUGAUGGAUAAUGACAGAAAACUAAACACAACCAAGACAUGGUCCAGUGUUCUCUUAUUAUUAUUAGAAAGACAAUAAUUAUUAAGAUGAAAAUAGGCAGUUUUGAAGCAAAAGCUACUCUCCUGAUCACUAAGGCAUAUAUCAUUUAAUUUCCUAUACAUACUAUAAACAUUUUUAAGGUGUCUUUAUGUAUUUUAUUUACGCCUUUCUUUUACAAAGUGCUUCAGAUAGUUGUAGUAAUGGCUUCCUUACUUUAUAUUUUAUAUUUUUAUAAUUUGUAUUUAUAUAUUCUGUGUUCCUUCUCCUACCCCUGCGUCAUUUCUUGAUGCUCCUGAUUGCAUGAACGAAACAAGGUUCCCCUGAGGCACUAAUGUGUCUUCUGCCUGCUGCACUGAGCAGGCGUGUUCUCCCAUUGUUUGUUGUUGUUGUUGUUGGGUUUUUUGUUUGUUUGUUUUUGUUUUGGGGUACAGGAUUGAACUCCAGACCUUGUGCUUGCCAGGCGGGUGCUGUGCCUGCUGAGCUAAAUCCCCAGCCCCUCCCACUGUUAACUGGAAGAGCAAGCUCCAGCCCCACUGCUCUGAAAAGUCCACAGGCAGCGCAGGGGGCCGAGGCCUAAGGAGGCUGUCUAAGUCUGAUAAUGCGAGGAAAGCCUUGGAAGGACUGACUGGCACAUCAAAUGGCGUUUAUUCCCACCUUCCAACCAUCUCGGGGAUCUUCUUCUUGUGCCUUCCUCAUGUGACUUCUAUGAACACCAUUUUGGACACUGCUUCCAUUGGCUAAAUGCUGACCAUCUUAUUCCCUUCUUUUCCAAGGAUCCUGAAGGAUGAUCAGUUAUUUCAGUUACACCCGGAAGUACUCCCAUCUCUCAUUCCUGCUGAGAUGCUCUGGCACACUGCUGACCUCACCUUUUGUUCACACUAGGCCCUCUGCUUCUCUUUCCUCUGCAGGCACAACACGCACCACACAAGUUCCUGCCCACGCACAUGGACAGCAUUUGGGGUAGGGAAAAAGAAAGGUUUGCAGCCAGAUCAACCAGUGGUUGGGUCCUGUGCUCAUCAGCUGCAUCACCUGUAAAAGUGUGCUCACUUCUCACACCUCUGCACCCUACUCUGAGAACAGAGACACCCCACACACUAGGACUUGUGGAUGAAAGAGAGCCUCCAACCCAGCACUCACACUGCUGUCCCUGUGGAAGGCCCUGUAACACAGGCUGCUCCAGGCCUAGUGCUCCUGGAAUGUACUCUGCCUUGCCUUUUUUCAAACGUUCACUUUUUUGUUGUUGUUAAAUUAGCAUCUUCCUGUUGGGCAAGACUACUUAAGACUUAGGAAAAGAGGUUGACGAGAUGACAACAGUGGGGAAGUUUCAUCCUGUUUAAUAACCGUACAAAGGCCUUACAAUAACUUCUGCCUGUACCACCUCCCCUCCCUUCCAUUUCUUACAUCCACUUGUACGCUUUGAAGGCCAAACUCAGAGUCUUUUAACUGUAUUAACAUUUUAUUUGAUUAUCACAGCUGCUGGUAACUUCUCUCACUUUCCAUGGACUUUUAAAAUGUUAUUAUUUAUUUAUGUUUGUUUUCUUCACGUCUCUCGUUUAGCAUAGAUAUGUCUCACUGUUCUCAUUUGUUUAAUUGACCCAAAGAGCUGUCCUCUACCAAUGUUUUGCAACCCAAGAAUUAGAAAAAUAUAUUUAAAUUGUUAACUCAGACCUAGAGAGAAAAACAUUAGCUAUAAUCCUACAGAUGUGCAGCAUCCUCUAUUUUACCAUCACUGAAUACUGUAAAAUGAAAUAAUUUCACAAUGAUUUUCUUCUUCAGUCGUUGUUGUCUCCCAACUUGGUGCCAAAAUUCAACAAAUGAAAAACAGGAUUAUUUUCCUUGAAUGCGCUCCUGUUUUCAUUGGUUGUUAGCAAUUCCAAGGCCUGGAGACUUGGGCAAGAUUCCAGCCAGGACAUUAUGGGGAAACUUGCCAUGUCCCCACUCAGUUUGAGUCCUCUUUCUUACAGUUUGGAAGUUUCAGAUGAAGCUGUGUUCACGGUUCCCAUACUCUCUGUUUAAACUGAGACCAGCCUCCAAGAUAAGAACUUUUUUGAAAUUUUAGAAAUUUAGUAUAAGAAAGCCACUCACUGAUUUCAUUCCAGUCAAAUUUCCCACAGGAUUCACAGAGAGUUAUAGAUCACAUCUUAUGUCAUUUGGUGAAAAUGCAAAUAAUCUAUGUUUUUAAAAAGAUAAAUUUUCCUAUUUUGACAACUGGGUCUUGGAUUAAAAUCUCACACUUUAUCACAGGUUAUUGCUUUAUUUUUUUCAAAACUUUUGGUGAAUUGCCUUUAUGAAAUACAUAAUAUUUCAUAAUGUAAUACAUAAUAUUACAUACAUAAUACAUAAUAUUACAUGAUGUAACAAACUUACAUGUUUGUAAUUUUUAAUUUCUUAAUUGCCAAAAAGAGAGAGUGUCCUUUGCUUAAGGAGAAGAGUUAGUUGGCACAAAAUGUAUAUCUGUUUGUAAAAUGUAUAUAUGCUUUAAGUUGAACUGUGAUUCAGGUAUCUAGAAGAUGAGUACUGUGGUAUUACUAUGCUUGCUUCCAUUUGCAAUUUGCAAUUUUGCAAGCAAAACUGACUUGCUGCUUUCACAAUAUCGUUGACUUUGGACAAGAAAACGCAUAUGUAUGUCCUAAGGGAGAAAAGUGGGAAGCAUGUCUUUCUUUUAACAUCCAUCUAUGUUUUAGCAUAAAUCUGUGAUUUUAUUGUAAUUAUUCUUUUAAAGAAAGACAAAACGUGAAUGAUUUCCCUUGUAACAAAGCAUCCUGAUUUAAUUGUGUGUAGUAGUUUAUUCUGGUUUCUGACGUCAGUUGUGUUCUUCCUGACAAGCCCCUGUUUCUUGAUUCCCUCGCUCCUGCUACGUCUUGUAGCUUGACAAGAAGACAUGAAAAGACUGAUGAAAACCUGCCUCAUGCCUCCAGCGCUCGGCAUCUUACCUCAGCACUUACUCAAUACUUAUUUAUUGAAUAGUAACCUAAUUUUCCCUCUAAUGCAAGAGUUGGUAUGAGGCAAAAAGCAGUGGACUCGAGUUGUGACACACAGUGACAGCAUGGGGCUAGGGAACGGGACCUCAGAUGCCAGCAGGACAAAAGGUGCAGGGAGGAGAAGGAUGGAAGCUGCUCCACCACAGCAGUCGGGGAGCCGCGGGACUCCCACGGGUGUUAGAUGCGUGAGGGUGGAACUUCUCUCUUCUUUUCUUCUUCUUUGAUGUCAUACACCUUGCACAACACUUGAUGUGGAGACAUUGAAAAAUGCCAUUAAUAAACACUGUUGAUACAAACAGAAAUAGCAUAUUCUGAAUACAAAAUGGAAUUAAUUGAUACCUUUUCACCUCUGAAAUACUUUUAGGUUUUACCAGCGUGAUUCUGAAGUUGAUGCUCUCAUUUGACAGAAAACAUGUUCAUAUCAAACAGUAAUGCUAUAUGCAUAAUCACUACUGAAAGUAAUAUUCCCUGUUUAUUUUUAAUAUUCAGUUGUGUGGCAGUGACUUGGUGUUUAGUAAAAUACAAGGUGAUGCAGAUACAAUAACUUUUAAAACUUCUGUUUUGGUAGAAAGACAGGAUUUCUAAUCAGUGCUCCACCUUUUAAUGUCAUUGAAUUGAUGCUUAUGUAUUCAGGGAAAAAAGAGAAGAGGAAAAGAUACAGAUUUCUUGAGAGAAUGAAAGUUAACAGUGAUUAAGUGCAGUACAUAAAAUUAUCAUUUUUUUUUUUUUUGUCUUUUUCAUUUUUAUUGGUACCGGGGAUCGAACUCACGACCGCCUGCUUGCAAGGCAGGUGCUUAUGCCGCUGAGCUAAACCCCCAGCCCCCUAAAAUUAUCAUUUAUGAUUAAUUCAGUUCAAUUAAUUCCGUCUAUCUAUCCCUUACUUGAUUUAUUCAAUCAACUAGCAUUUGUUUUAAAACCUAUUUUGUGUCAGGCUCUGCGCAACACCCUGAGAGUACAGGGAUCAAAGACUCCAUCAAAGAAUUCAGUCUGUGUUAAAGACAGAUGUAUUUGCAGCACCUAGGGGCAGCAGAGCUUCCCGCUAGCAAAUUACAGGGGGCUGGCAACCUAAGGGGCCGGCUUCAGCAGCGGGCCUCACAGGGACCAAAACAGUGUCUGGACACUGGAGGAGUUCUCUGCCUUCAGCGGGCUUACAGUUUUUAUUUCUCCUAGCUUUAACACAUACGCUUUUUGACAGUUAAUUGUGAAGAUGCUUAUAGCUCUGAGAAACCUCGGUGAAAUUUCUGGAGAGAAAGACGGGAUAUAACCUCAGGCCUGAUUCGAGUAUUGUCAUUCCCUACUGCAAAGAAUUUCAGCACUAUCAUGAUUUUUACUUAAAGCCACAUUCACAGGUCUUCUCCAGGAAGAAAAUCCAGCUAGUGAAGGCUAAUUUUGGUGACAUGACAUGUUCGUAAUAUUUCUAUGUUAUCUAUGAAAUGCUGUAAACCUGUUUGUCCCAAGAAAACUCUUGCAUUCCUGUCUUAAUUAAAUCUUUCAAACCAAGCAGUUUUCUGCAGGCUAUAAUCCAUUCAUUCAGGUGUAAAAGGCUGGAACCUAUUUACAUAUUCACCACCCUGAUAGCUGUGUCUGGAAUAAAAUAAAUUUAGUUCUGAGUUGUCUGGCUUCUGCAGAUAUUGCAAUUACUAUUGUGUAUUCAAGAUUUCUCCUGAAGGAUUCAUUAUUUAGGUCAGUUAUGAAAAAUACUAGAAAUAUGAAAAUAGAUUGUAAGCUCUUGGGGGCAAAGACCACAUUCUGAUUUUAGUUUUCUUUAUUGCUCUGAAAGUGCUGUGUGUGCCUAACACUCCUUAUAAAUAUGUAAAUAAAAAUAACAUGAUUAGCCAAACUAGAAUAAAAGAAAGAGAUUCUUUCUUGUAAAAGGAACUUUAUGUGCUAAAAUAACUGGACUUUAGUAAAUGCAGCCACUGGGGAAAGAAUGUUCUGGACUACAUAGCUGUAGGUUUAUUUUCUUAGGCUCAUCACAAUGGCAAUAAUAUUUGUUUGAAGUUAUAGCAAUGAACUAAGAUAAAAAGGCUAUACAUACACACCAGUAAUUCAGUACCUGGCAAGAAGAGUGAUUAGAGGGGCUAGGGAUUUAGCUCAGCAGCAUAAGAGCCUGCCUUGCAAGCAGGCAGUCGUGAGUUUGAUCCCAGUUACUGAUAAAAAGGAAAAAGUCAGAAAAAAAAAAAAAAAAAAAAAAAGAAGAGUGAUUAGAGAACCAAGUUACCUUAUCAGUCACUAGUGGUUGGGGAAUGGCAGAAUGCUGAGGAAAGAAAAGAGGCCAAGAAGUAGAAUUCCAAGAAGGAUAAAACAGACAAAUGACUCAGCUUAUAUUUGAGGGGUCCUCUGAGGGACACCUGCACUCAGAGGAAAUGUGAUGUGAGAGAGUUCUGAGAAUUACUUUAAAAUGUAAUAUAUAUAGGUAUAUGUAUAUAAAGCAAAGCAUAGCGAUAGCUAUACUGAGGAGUCCACCAUCUGUAAAGCAUAGUCUGGUUUUAUGUUCUGAAAUGCAAAAAGCAAUUACCUGCUGGAUAGAACGAGGGCAGAUGAGCAAGGACGAGAUUACAGGGCAGCAGAAGCCUGUGGGCAGUCAGGAAGGCCGAGACACAGAAUGAGUUCCAAUUAGAGCGGGUCACCGAGGAGGAAAACAAGCCUUUCAUAACACAUCGGAAACAAGAGCAAGGUGAAAAGAGGCACAGGUGACUCUGUUAAUAAGAGGGGAAAUGGCUCAAGAUGGAGAAACUGUAGGAUUUAUGUUUAUUUUUAGAUUAUGGGAAAGGGAAACGCAUCACGAAUACGGGACCGACUGCAGCCCCCAAUCUGAGGCUCUGAAAUAGUUAUUAAAGGAAAGAUCAAGCAAUUAAAACUUCACUCAUCACAGACACAUUUAGUAAGAGAUUUCCUGCAGGGAUCAAUGGAAUGGAUAGGAAUCUGCCUUCUGAAGACUCUUGUUUUGUGUGAUUCUUACAGAUAGGGAGCCACCAGGGGUCGGAUGAAGUUUCACAAAUUAGUCCUCAGAGACUUCUCUGCAAUACCUGUCCUUUUAUAUAAAAGUGCUGGAAAUGAAAUUAUUAUAACUAAUUUUAAAUAUAAGACAUGUUGGAGGUAAUAUCAUUUAAACAUAUUUUAAUACUUAAAUAUUGGACCAUUUCUUCCCAAGUCAAGCAACCAUGCUUUGAUUCAUAACUAAUACAGGUGUGUCAAUAGAAAAUUAAAUAACUUCAGUUUAGAAAACCAUUUCACUAAAAGCUAAAGAUUAACUUUGUCAUUGCUUACAUUUACUUUAUAUAUCAUUUUUCAAGUAGUGCAAUACAAGGAUAAGGUUAAUGAUAUGCUAUUCUACCUAGAAAUACCAAAGCAUCUGAACAUGAUAUAUUGGGUAGAUGGCCCCAGAAAUUAACUCAUUUCAGUGGCAUUUAUCAUGCAUUUCAUAAGGACAUCUAACCAUUUUACUGAUCAGGUGAAGUAGUGCGAUAACAAUAUGAAAUGACAUUUUUUUCCAAAUACACUUAGGGGCUAGAGAUUUAGCUCAGUGACAUAAGCACCUUCCUGGCAAGUGUGAGGUCAUGAGUUGGAUCCCCAAUACAAAAAAAAAAAAAGCACUUUUAAAUCAGAUUUUUGUGUCUACCUUUAAUGGUGUCUUAACUGCAAGAGUUUAAAGAAUACGGUGCUAGUAGUGAGGACUAGAACCACUUGGUUGUACUACCUGCUCAUUGUGUGUCCUCAGGAAAAGCAUGUAACCAUUUGUACAUCAUUCUGUCUAUAAAAUGGAAAGUGAAAAUGUACCAACUUCAAAUGAUUGUUAUGCAGAUUAAUUAAAACUACCUGGUACAAGUGAAACACUCAGUAAGUGUUAGCAUUAUUGUACCAGUCAAAUUUAUGUUUCUUUUAGUCAUGCUUAAUUAUCACUCAAUUCAGUCUUUUCUUAAACCCUCAUCCCCUCUCCUUUCUGUAGUUUAGUUCUGAUGCUAAGUUGAGGGGAUGCUGUAAAGAAAUAGGCAAGUUUCUUUUCAAGCCAUUUGAACUUGUAACUCAUGUUGAGGCAGGCAUUCAGCUUAUGGUAGAAAAGGCAAGCAUCCCAAGAGGAGGCCAGAUUUGAGUUCCUCCACAUAGAUGGAAUGGAGACCUUAAGUAAUGGGAGAAAUGAAGUCUCUGUGGCCCUCCCCUGGCCAUAUAUGAAAUCCAUGUAUGUCCUAAGAGGGGUUGGCAUAGGAAGAUAGCAAAGCAUAGCUCCCUAAUGUAAACUCUGACUCUUUGAUAUUUCCCUUAUCUCUUGCUAACCAAGCAACCCCAUAACGAGUCUGCUCUAUUAGCAGCCAGUGACACUGGAGAGACACUGACAAGACAGCCAGGAUUCUAUUUCCUGGAACUUUUUCAGUUCUCAUGUUCUGCCCUGAAAAGUGUUAAGAAUGCAGAGAAUGCUCUAUACUAUCCUCAGCCUUCUGAUUAUCAGGAAUAGUGAUGGCCAGUAUGUACGCAUACUAUGCCCCAGCCUCUCAAUACGCUCUGGCCGUGGUUGGCCACACACAUUUCAGUGUGUACAGCACCAGACAAGCAAUGUAUCUUUGCGUUCAGCUUUGGUGCUUGUUAUCAGUUCUGGACAACGUGAAAUGCUUCUCAUGACCUUGUUGCAAAUAUACAACAGUUUAAACCCAAGGCUUCUCGUUGUAGACUUAUCUUCAGAGUCUUUAGACUUUUAUCUCUGAGUUCUAACAGACUUUUUAUCAUUAAGAACGUCAAGUAAGAGCAUGAGGAGCUGAGUCUUAAAUAUCUGAUUUAUUUCCUUUUGCUAUCUGCCUUUCAACCUCAUAUAUGAAAUUCAUUUUUAAUUAUUGACAUCUUGGGAACCCCUAUUGAUGCAAUUUCAAAGAUUACAGUCCAUUAAAGUUUUCCCAAACCUAUACACGCGAUUUAGCUAUAUAAAAUAUGCAGUAAUAGGUAUUUUAGAAACAUACGUAUUUACUCAUUGUGUUCACAGGCCAAAAAACCAAAGCCAAGAAGAGUGCAGUCACUGGUUCCACAUUACCAUACUGGCCACAGAUCUCCUCUUCUGUUGGAGCUCUCAGUGAAUGCUGUGAUUGGCUCCUCCUGUACCACAAAUUCAGUGAGAGAUGGAAUAGCAAUGCAUUCAAGAUCAAGAUCAUUACAUAAUGGCAGAAAUAUAAUCUUGUCUUAGUCACUUUGUUCAUGGCUGAGACACAAUCCCCAAAACCCGGAGAAGGGAGUAUAUGUUAUAGACCAUAGUAAACUGGCUCCAAGACAGAAGCUGCAAGGCAAAGGGCAGAGUGGAGGAAAGCAGCUCAGUUCUUAGCAGCCAGGAAGCAGAGAGAGCAAAGCGGAAAGUCAGAGAGGAAGACAUGACCAUCCCUCAAGUCCCCAGGGGCCAGUGUCUAACAGGGCCCUUUUCCUAACAGCACAGGCUGUUGCUGAAUUCAUUAGCAGCAUUCAUGGAUGAAAUAGACCCUGUGAGCCAACCACCUUCCUAAAGCUGUGCGCCUGUGAGUUUUAAUUGACAUUUGAGACCUAAACCACAACAAGUGUCAUUUGUGGGUAGCUCAAAAAAUCAGAUGCAAGCUGCUCAUAAAAGUUCAUCUUUGAUCUUUGAUAUGUUAGAUGUUGACUGCUUUUCAGUGGUGCCUGUCCCCCAGGCUGUAACCCUUGAAACGAGAUGUCUUAUCAGUACUUGCUUACUUUAUCCCAAGAUUCAUGUGAAGAAAGCAAGUUCUCACACUGCCUUAUGUUUAAUAGCCUAACAAUGUUGUUGGUUCUUACAUGUUCUAACUAAGGAGAAAGUACUCAUGAAGGGAACUUGUUCAAUGCAGACUGAAAACUGCUUCAACUUUCAUAUCACAACUUCCAAUACUCAGUAAUCAAAUGGAAAAAAAUUAGAAAGUCUCCUUAAUAAAAUACUGCCAUUUCUCUGGGUGUACUUCCCUGUUAUUAGCUCAUUACAUCAACUUUACUUUUGAUUUUGUGUGUUAGUAACUUCUCAGCGUAAGUCUGCUAUGAGAAAAUUGGUAAAUAACACUUCAACUGUGGAGGACUGAUGUCAUUAAAGGUCAUAUUACAUAUAUAUUUUUUCUUGUUCUCUAUUGAUAAUCUGACCUUGCCAUCUUAAGAAUGACUCUGAGAUGACACUGAUGGAAUUUACUGUGGAUGAAAGUCAGAUCUAACACAAUUGCAACAUCCAGAGGCAGAGAAGCGUUAAGCCAUGUCAGAUAACCCCAGAUAAGGAAUUGUCAUUCUCAGAUUCUCUAGGUCAGAAAACUAUUCUGUUUUCCUGGGCCUCAGCCCAAAAUGUAAUUCAAGAGUUCUUUUCCAUACCUGUUAUUUAUGCUGGAUCUCAGUCUAACUUGGUAACAUCCAGCCUCCCAAAUAUAAUUCAUAGUGUUUUAAUAAUAUCAUUUAUUAUAGAAAAGAUAGAAAUACAUGUUAAGAAUCAUGCAUGUGUAAAACCUAUUAACAGAACUGUUGACACAGGAUGAAAUGAACAAAUACUUUGAAGAAAAAGAGACACUGCAGAACCCAGUGUUUAUCCCAGAGUAUCAUCCCAGCAAUACUGUUAUUCUUUGUUCAGAGUGAUUUUAGUCUGCUUGGGUUUGUUUAAUCUCAACAUAAAUGAAGAUAUGGAUAACCGCAUGUAUAUUUAAGUGUAUAGGAUUGAUAACCAUAUUACCAAGGUUUUGUUGAAUAUUUGAACAGAACUGUGCAGUCUCGCUGUUUGAAUUCCCACUUUAUAUGUUCCACUUUUGUAUCUUGAAUAUGUAAACAUCAACUAGUGAUUUCUUUUACUGUUUAUUUUUUUGUUUGAAAGUAUGUAUUAUUUCUACCCAUUUUCUGUUUUGUUUAGUCUCUCAUUAAAUAAAACUUUAAAAAUAACAUUUA